AUGGGAGGGGGGAAUGCCUUUGGGGUGCAGAGGAACAGAAGUGCCCCUCAGCCAGAAGAAGAGCUGGAUGACCAGAAGCCCCCCAGGGCUGUCCCUGCCGCUGUUGUUAGCAGGAGGACAGCUCUAGAAGACUCUUGCCUCCAGCAGUCCCGCUUCUCGCCGCCGCCACCAGAGGGCACUGCGCCACCCGUGUGCACGGCCACCCCGUCUACACAGCCACCCCGUGUGCACGGCCACCGGUCUGCACGGCCACCCCGUGUGCACGGCCACCGGUCUGCACGGUCACCCCGUGUGCACGGUCACCGGUCUGCACGGCCACCCCGUGUGCACGGCCAGCGGUCUGCACGGCCACCCCGUGUGCACGGCCAGCGGUCUGCACGGCCACCCCGUGUGCACGGCCACCGGUCUGCACGGUCACCCCAUCUGCACGGCCACCGGUCUGCACGGCCAACCCGUGUGCACGGUCACCCCGUGUGCACGGCCACCGGUCUGCACGGCCACCCGUGUGCACGGCCACCCCGUGUGCACGGCCACCCCGCCUACACGGCCAUCGGUCUGCACGGCCACCGGUCUGCACGGCCACCCGUGUGCACGGCCACCCCGUGUGCACGGCCACCCGGUGUGCACGGCCACUCCGUCUACACAGCCACCCCGCCACCGCCGAGCCCGGCGCCCUGGGCGCCCGCAGAGGUCAAGGGCAGCGCCUGCCAGCCCCGGGGCCCUGGGGACCGGACGAGGGCAGAGGGCCUCUCAAGGAGACGGCGUCCUCGGGCUCCCGGGCCGGCGCUCCCUCGGGCCGGGCCCGCGCUCGCUGGGGACGGCCCGUUUCCGGUCCCGCCGGCGGAAGCGGCGCCGCGUCCAAUCCGGGCCCUCCGGGCGCGCGCGGCCCCGCCUCCCCCAGGCUCGCCGGGUCGGGGGUCGCCCCGCGGCCUGUGCGGCGCGUGCGCGCUGCGGGGCGGGGCGGGGGCGGGGCGCGGCGCACCCUGA